AUGGCUAGCGACGAGCUGCUCACUCGCCGCCCCACCCGCCCGCAGGCAGAGGUUGUGCGUCCUGGCUUCCGCGGCUGGCCGAGAGUUUCUCCCGUCACGGGCGAGACCGAGCUGUACUACCCGCAGCACCGGCGGCUGGCCAAGUACCUCGUCACCGGCCUCGUGAUCGCGGCGCAAGUCGUGAUGAUGGUAUGCAUGAUCGCGAUGCUGUACGCCGCCUUCUUCUGCAUCCAGUCGACCAACUUCUCCGUCGCCGAGAGCCUGUUGCUCAACCUCGGCUGCAGCACGGUGUGGGGCAUCUCGCUCGAGCUCCUCAACUGGGUCGUCUGGUCGCGCGUCGCCGCCUCGCUCAACCGGUUCGAGAACCACCGCACGGCCGCCGCGCACGAGACGCACCUCAUCGCAAAGAUCUUCGUCUUCUUCUUCAUCGACUGCUUCCUCUGGUUCUUCCUGCUCGCCUUCUUCCAGAUCCCGUUCGGCUCGCAGAUCGACGGGCUCCUCCACAAGGCCGGUGUCGUUCUGGACAGGCCCUUCGAGCGGUCGGACUGGGUCCCCCGCCUCGGCAUGACCAUCGGCGCCGUCCUCUCCCUCACGCAGUGGUCGAUGCUCCUCUUUGCCGACGCGUACGUCCCCUACUGGUGGUCCGCCCGCGCCAAGCGGCGCGAGGCCGAGCGCGCGAGCAGCAAGCCCCCGCCUCCGGGCGCCGACCACGCCGCGCAGGAGCUCGGGCGGGCGGGCGGGGGAGGCGCGCGGCGGCGGCGGCGGCGGCGGCGGGCGGGCGAGGGGUGCGGCACGAUGGCGGAGGUGCUGUCGCAGGUGGCCCUGCCCGCGUACGACCCGCUGCUGGACUACUCUGGCAUGGUGACGCAGUUCGGGUACGUCGCCUUCUUCGGCGUCUCCUUCCCGCUGGCGGCGCUCGUCUGCAUGCUGCACACGAUGCUGCGCCUGCGCUCGAACGCGCUGCGCCUUACGCAGCUCUCGCGCAGGCCGCGGCCGCAGGCGGUGGACGGUGUCGGGCUGUGGGCGACGCUGCUCUUCUUCGAGGCGCUCGUCUGCGCGCUCGUCAACCCUCUGAUCGUCGCCGUCUCGAGCGACCAGCUCGACGCGCUCGCUUGCUGGACGCACGAGCUGAUGCGCGGGGACGGCGACUGCGGCGGCGGCACCGUCCCGAUGUCGGCUCGCUUCCUGAUCGCGAUCGCGGCGGAGCACGUCCUGCUCAUCUGCGCCGUGCUGCUGUACAAGCUGCUGCCGCGCGAGACGGCCGCGGUGCGCGCACAGCUGCAGCGGCAGGCCUUCCUCUUCAAGAAGCGCUACUGGGAGACGGUCGAGGCAGAGCGCCUCCUCUCGGGCGGGCCAUCGACCGCCGGCGCUGGCCGGCCGCGCGCGGUGUCGGGCUUCCGGCUGCACGCCGGCGGGCCGCCGGCGGUCGAGUACGACGCGCCGUGGGCGUCCGGCUCGGAGCUCUCGGACGACCUCGACGAGGAGGAGCCAGAGGCGCCGCCGCCGCCGCCCAGGCCCGGAGGCGCGUGCGAGUUGGCCGCGGUGUCGCGGCGCGCGUGACGUGGCGCGUGUGACUGUCUUUUGUUGGUAGAUCUAGACGGAUCUUCGGUGCCCGGGUAACGUCAGCGAGGUAGGGAGUUUUUCGCCGUACAUAAAGUGGUGCCCCACUGCC